AUGUCGCCUUCUCGAGGCAGUUUGAGAAAGAAACACGUAUCCAUGCCAGCUACGCCUACCAAAAUUUCUUCAAAGAGAUUGACUUUUGACAAAACCGAUGUCGAAGACACUUUGCAAACACAACCGCAAUCGAUAGAUCUAGAGAUGCAGCCUUUGUGUACAGCAACGGAGGACGUUUUAACAAAUCAACUUCCUCGCUUCAAAAAGUUUGUGUCAGUCCAUCGUCAUAAUAUUGCCCCGUCCACCGUGUCAAUUCAAAUUUCCACACAAGUAGAACAACCUGCGUCCGUUAAAAGCAAGUCAACUGGUGUCUAUUUGGCAAAACAAUUAAAUCCCUCAGAGAUCGCGGCUCUGGAAAGAAGUGUUGCAACGAAAGAGCCCACUGCCGUUGCCCAUAUUGUUAUGGUCAAGACACCUGUCGUACUUUACGCCGUCAAACGCGAGAUGGUAAACAGCCUGUCCGAGUCAUGUAAGAAAAAUCUUUGCCGCCGCACAAAUGGUUCUGUUCUUUACAAAAAAGAUUAUAAUGAAAUGUCAGAGUUUGAAUUUGACAAUGUUUGGAAGGAGAUUGUGAAAUUUGCACCAUUUUUCAUAGACAUUUUGAAUGCUGUUGCUGGAGAAAUGUGUGACCUUGCAGACACACCUGCAAGUUUGCGUGUAAAGUACUGCUUGAUUUAUUCCAUAUUGAUGAAUCAAAGAUGGCACGAGCUAAGUCUUUUACAAAGAAUUAAUACGGUUCUUAUGAUUAGAGGAGGAAGUAGCAAGCAGGUAAUACUAUUUCGUGUACAUUAAUAGACAAUACAUUCAAGAUGAUAGGGAAUUUUGUUGAGUAUAAACUUUAGAAACAAAGUAAUUUCUUUUUGACAUGUGAUUGUUUUUAAAUUAUCGAUGUUACUGUCGACGCACGAUUCACAAAUUUGUUGUGACUAUUCUUAUUAAACACUUAAUUUAAUACGUUUCUAAAUUUGGAAUAUUGAUUAUUGGAAUUUGCAAAGCCACUUAGCAAGUUGCUAGUGUUUUACUAUACUUAAAUAUGGCAAACACAUUUGACGAAUAAUUUAUUAACGUUUUUAACAAAUACGUUCAAUUCGUUGACUAUGUUGGUAAAAUAAUACAAAAUUAUGAAUUUAUGUUCAUUACUUUGGUACUAUAAUCUAUAACUCAAUAUUAAUUCGCUCCUUUUAAAAGUAAACAAUUUGCAAAUGUGGCUUGCAAGUUUUACACCCAAUUUCCAAAUUUAGAAACGUACAGUAAUUAUGAAUGUUCAGAACAACCACGCUUUGAAAAUUGACCUGAAAUCGAAAAUAAAAUAUCAAAGGACAAAGAAUAAUUUCCCUGCUACUUUCAUAACUGAUUUGGGAUGCAUCGACAUAAAUUACAUAAACAGUAAUUGUGAGUUGUGCAUUUAAAAACUUUAAACAAUUUGAAUGAGGUAUUUCUUUUGCAGAGAUUUUUAAUAACUAUUAUAUUAAUAAUAUAUUUUGUGUGUUUGUACCCGAUAUUAGUCAUUACAGUACGACAUGUCUCUCAUUAUCCUAUCAGUGUAUGGAAACAAAGUCAAAGAGAUAAAAUUAGAUAGGUGAUAAUUUAUUACUUCUAGUUACAAUUCUAUUUGCGCACCAUUAGUACGUUUACGUGUUGGCAGUGUUGCACACUUCAACAUCUGGAUGUGGUCAAUAAAUCAAUGGAGAAAUAUCUCAUUACUACAUCCAUUACUUAAAAAGUAAAGUUUUAUGCUUCAAUAUUAAUAUAAAAAAUAACUUAACCUCAUGCCAACACAAUUUUUUUAAUAUUUGUGAUUGCACUAGAUGUCAAUAUUAAAGAUUAUGUAAAGUCCGUAUAUCGUCUAAUAAACAGGCAUAAGGCAAACAAGCAAUGUGAUCAUCUUUCAUCUUUGGUUUUCUUUUAUGGAAAGCCAUAGCUGAACUGCUAUAUUCAAGGCAUUUUUAAUACCAUAGAGUGGUGGGGCAUUUGCCCACUAGGCCCCUUCCUCUGCCUCACCACUGAAGAAAAAAAAUGGCCUAUUGCCCCAAAGCCAGGGCCCUAGGACCUGUAUUGAGUAAACGAGUUUAACAUUGAAACAACAUUUAAAAAACAAAAUUUGUUGGUGAGCAUACUUAAACUUAUGUUGUGUUUGAAUGUUUAGCAUGCAAUUUAUUACAAAUAAUUUUCACCAUUAGAACUUUGUUUUGAAAAGCUGAGAUUUUUAAAAAAAUGUAUUCUCAUAAUGCAGGAAAUGCUAUUUCAGAGACCCACAUUUUAAAAAUUUCCUGGGAGGGCAUGCCCCCAUACCCCCAUAGCUAACUUUUGCCUGCGGUACUCGGCUCACACCUUCAACGAUCGCAUACUAUCCUGGGGAAGGGCAAGGAAAAUGGGUCCCAGGACCGUAGCAAUGGGGUAUUGGGGAAGGGGGUGGUUAGCCCCCAACUUUUUUAGAAUUAACAUAUUUGGAAAACCAAGUUGGCCUUUCGGAAAAUUACGGCAGUAAUAAUAUAACAAAAUUUUAGUUGUUAAACAGAUAAAAUAUAAUAUAAUUGUAUUGUCAGUAUAAACUGAUUUACAAAAUCAUGGCAUUUACAUGGAUAACAUUUAACAAAUCGUGAAUCGGUAAGAGUUUUUCGGUUUAUUACUUCUGAGGCGUAGCAACCAGGGGGGGGCGAAUUGUAAAUUUCAACAUACUAAACCGCUGUUUUCUGACCAUCAGAAUUCUGUCAAAACUUCCCCCAAAGUCCAGGAAAUGGCAUUUCAGAGACUCAAAAUUUGAAAAUUUCCUCGGGCCUUCAGCCCUUGUUUUCAACCCCCAAUCAAAUGGAGCUUCCUACAGCACUGCAUGCUACUGUAAUAUUUCUGUGCGUAAAAUAUACGUAUUUGUGUUUGUAAAUUGCGUCUCCAUUUUCCGGAUAGCAAACACCUUUGUGGCUUCGUAUGCCAUGAAAUAUUCGGAUUUUUUUUUCGUAAUUCAGAAAUGUUUGGCCUAUACCCCCAACUAUAGAUGCUAGCUACGGCCCUGAUGGGCCCUUUGGCAGUUUUGCCCCACCACUGAAGAAUCCUUAAAAAAUGCACUGGCUAUAUUUGUAAAAUAUGGUAUACUAACUGGCUACGAGAAACGUGUUUGAUGUCCUGAGUGAUACGGGCGGCUUACGAGAAACGCGUUUGAUGUCCUGAGUGAUACGGGCGGCAAUGAAACCAACAUUUAUGAUUAUGACGACGAUAGAAGCAAAGUCGAUGACCCCAGCUCUAUAGCUACUUCGCAACGAGAAUCCCAACGAACGAUCGAUCGCAGACAAUGAGUCCUCAAAUAGCAGACCUGCCAACAAGUCAACUAAGCAUAAACAAAAGCGGCAUGCUAAUGGAUCAAGUAAUCAGCACAAUGCAAAAGAUGGCAAAAAGAAAUUAGUCUUUAUUGCCGGGGACUCUAUUCAGAAUGUGCAUGGCUGGGAGAUGUCUAAUACCGACAGAACUGUUGCCGUAAAAUCUUUCUCAGGAAGCAAAGUCAAUGAUAUGCAAGACUAUUUGAAACCAUUGCUUCGUCGCAACCCACAUCAAAUAAUUCUCCACGUUGGUACAAACGACAUUAAGUCAGAGAAAUCUCCCGAUCAGUUGGUAGAAGGUAUUGUGAAAUUAGUUAGUCAAGUGCGAGAAAAAUCUGCACAUAUCAAAGUAGCCAUCUCGGCUCUUACCAUCAGAAAAGAUGGUCAUCUAAUUCAAACAAAAGUUAAUCAAACAAACAAUCUACUUAAUUCAUUCUGCUCAGAUAAUAAUGUUGACUUUAUUAACCAUACUAACAUAGAUUUAGAUUGUUUAAAUCGUGGAGGUUUGCACUUGAACCGCAAAGGUAGCACGAUAAUGCAAAGAAACUAUAUGGAUUUUUUAAAUUGACACGACAUCCGUCAGACUAACUCGGAGGAAAUGUUGUAUUCGAAUAGGUUACCAUAUCUUAGGGGUUUCAAGAUGGCAUUACUGAAUAUUGUCAGUUUGUCGAAACACAUUGAUGAAAUUCGCUUACUGUUAGAAAAUCAGACUGUUGAUAUUCUGGCACUCAAUGAAACAAGACUUCACCCUGAUAUUCCAAGUGAAUUUGUUAAUAUUGACGGAUAUGAUAUAGUUCGCAUGGAUAGGGACAACCACGGUGGCGGUGUCUGUUUUUACGUUAGGCGGACGAUAUCAUAUUUAAAUCGUGGUGAUUUAGUGCCGGAAAAUUUAGAGUCAGUAUGUUUGGAAAUUAACCGGCCCAACUCUCGUUCCUUUAUCGUUUCUACUAUUUAUCGUCCGCCGUCAGCAACCGUCGAAUCUUUCUCACAAAUUGAAUCUUUGCUUAAGAAUGUCGAUAACGAGAAUAAGGAAAUUUACUUAUUAGGAGAUUUAAACUGUAAUCUGUUAGACCAGUCCAACUCUUCUGCUAAACACUUACAUUCUAUUAUGCAACUUUAUCAACUUACACAAGUAAUCGAUAAGCCUACAAGGAUUACGGAAUCGUCUUCUACGUUACUAGACGUUUGUAUUACCUCCUGUCCUGAGCGAAUUGCAUUUCAUGAUGUAAUUCAUAUGGGAGUGAGUGAUCAUAGUUUAAUUUAUGUAGUAAGAAAAAUUAAUUCAUAUCUUAAACCUCACGCUAGCAAAAAAGUCGAAUUUCGAAGCUUCAAGCAUUUCAAUGUUGAGAAUUUCAAAGUCAACCUUAUAAACUUACCGUGGUAUUUAGUUGACAGAGAAACUGAUAUUGAUAAUAAAUGGGCAUGCUGGAAAAAUCUUUUUAUAACUGUUCUUGAUAAACAUGCCCCAGUUAGGGAAAGACGGGUACGAAAUAAAACAUCUGUGGCAUGGAUUUCUAGGAAUAUCAGAAACAAAAUGUUUGAAAGGGACCGUUUGAAAAGAAAAGCAAUUUUGUCGGAUUUAAGUGAAGAUUGGAGCCAGUAUAAACAUUAUAGGAAUAAUGUCAACAUUGCAAUGCGUGAAGCUAAGAAAGUUUACUACAAAAGCAAAUUUGACAAACAUCAAAACAAUCCAAAACAGGCUUGGAGGACGAUUAAUGAUAUCCUUGGGAGAAAAAAGAAGGACACAAUGAUUAACGAAUUAAAGCUAGGAAAUGAUACAAUUACUUCUCCUGUGAGAAUGGCUAAUUGUCUUAAUGACUAUUUUACAAGUAUUGGUGGUAAAAUUGGAGACUCCUGCUCUGAACACACUCAGAAUUUAAAUUUUGGCAGGCAUAUGAGUGAUAAUCUAAAUACUAGUUUGGAAUUUACUUUGCAUCCUGUUAACGAAUCACAGGUUUUUAGGCUACUUAACAAUUUGUCUAUUUCUAAAUCUACUGGAUGUGACAAAAUACCGGCUAAAAUUCUAAAAAAAUCUGCCUCUGUAAUUACACCAUCUUUGACCAAUUUGUUUAACUCUGCUAUUGGGAUGGGAAUUUUCCCCUCUGAAUGGAAAAUUGCUAGAGUUAUACCGCUUCAUAAGAAGGGUUCACGCUCCCUUUUAGACAAUUAUAGGCCAAUAUCAAUUUUGCCGGUCAUCAGCAAAAUAUUUUAAAAGAUCUUGUAUGAGCAGUUAUACGAAUAUUUUACCACCAAUAAUUUAUUGUCUGAACAGCAGUUUGGGUUCAGGCGCUUUCAUUCCACGUCCACUGCUUUGCUUGAUUGUAGUGAUGAGUGGUAUGUUAAUAUGGAUCGUGGUUUGUAUAAUCUUGCCGUUUUUCUCGAAUUAAAAAAAGCAUUUGACACGGUAAACCACGACAUUUUACUGGCUAAACUAGAGUUAUAUGGUAUUAAGAACAUGCCUCUUAUGCUUCUCAAAUCGUACUUAUCAGAUCGAUCUCAGAAAUGUCAAGUAAAUGGGGAACUUUCCACACUAAAAUAUCUAAAAUAUGGCGUUCCUCCGGGUUCAAUUUUGGGUCCACUUCUGUUUUUAAUUUAUAUCAAUGAUUUGCCGAAUUGUUUACAACACUCUACAGCACGCAUGUUCGCCGACGAUACUAACAUUACAGUGUCCGGUAAAUCAGUUAAGGAAGCGGAGGUGGCCGUUAAUGUCGAUCUCAAUAAUAUCAGAGAAUGGCUUCUAUCGAACAGGCUCUCUCUUAACCUUGUCAAAACGGAAUAUCUUUUGAUUGGAUCACGCCACAAUAUUAACAUGUUAGAAGAACAACCGCGUGUUUUUAUUGGAGAUGAACCAAUUAAAGGGGUUCAAGUUACAAAAACUCUUGGAGUCAAAAUUGAUCAAUUUUUAACUUGGGACAGUCAUAUUGACCAAAUUUCUAAAAAAAUAUCUUCUGGAAUAAGUGCCAUGAAAAAGAUAAAGGAUUUCACUAAUUCUGAUACUUUGAAGUCGGUCUAUUAUGGUCUUGUCCAACCCCAUUUCGACUACUGUUGUGAAGUUUGGAAUUCCAUUAAUAGAGACCAGUCUGAACGACUACAAAAACUUCACAACAGAUGUGCUAGAAUUAUAAUGAACUUUAAAGAUGAGCCUGGGCAAUCUCAACUGGCCCUCGAUCAAUUAGGGUGGAUAAGCUUGGAAGAAAGGCGAAAACAUAAUAUGGCCCGUCUCAUGUUUAAGGUUGUCAAUAAUUUGGCACCAUCGAGGUUCUCAUCAAUGUUCCAGAAUUCUAACCAUAUCCACAGUUAUAAUUUACGAGGUUCAAAUUCGUCUCUCUUUCUGCCACGACCAAAUACCGAGUAUGGCAGAAAAUGUUUUCGAUAUAGUGGGGUUAAAAUCUGGAAUAGCAUUCCUGAACAAGUAAGAAACAGCGAAUCUUUAAAUUCUUUCAAUAGAAAUAUUUCCUCUGUUAGUCUGACGAAUUAGCUAUUUGGUUUUGUAUACCAUUUGUUUUGUAAUAUGUAUUUGUAUUCGUAGUUCUUAAUUUUCUUAGUGAUUUUGUAUUUUAUCUAUUUUUGUAUCAUUUAUCUACGCCCCACUUGGAAAGCAGCUAUGGUUGAAGUGGCCAGCGUAGUCAAAUAAAGUUUUAUCCUAUCCUAUCCUAUCCUAAUCAAACACUUUAUUUAACACUUCUAACACUUUAUUUUUAACAUAUCUAACACAACAUAUCUAACACUUUAUUUUUAACACUGGUUCACUAUGCUUGCAAUGAGUAUAAAAUAGACGUUUCAAUUCGAAAAAGUUGGAAAGAUACAAAAUUUUGGCAAUGUUUAUAUAUGCCCCCUUUGUUAAAGGUGCCCUACAGUCCGAUUUGCGCAUGUGCACAAAGGAGCCCACUUUUUAUGAUACAAACAGUUUAACUAUGUUUUGGGUUCUUGCAAAGCCUGAUUGUUGCUUCUUGAUCAUUUAUUAUACUCUAGAAGCUUGAAAAUAUAAAUAGUUGUCGAUUAAAGUAUUUUGGACACAAAAAUGUAAACAAAGGCUUUGUUGACAUACGGACUGUAGGGCACCUUUAAUAUGAGCAUGCAGUGCCGAUGUGUAGCUAACUCCGAGGAGUUCCUCUGAACAAUUCCUCAACAAUUUGAUAAGUUCCUUAAAAAGUUCCUAACUUCCUGUUUCACUGACCAAUCAGAUUGCUCAAAAAUAAAAUUUGAUUGGUCAAUGAAACAGGAAGUUAGGAACUUUUUGAAGAAAUUUUCAAAAUUUUACUGUCAUUGCAAUGGAAGUGUUGUAACGGCCCCACCUCGGGCCACUAACAACGCCUGUGCAGGAGGCUAUUCAUUACUUACAGCUGAUCAAUUCAUUUGUUGAAAAAUGGUCAACUUCUUGUGUGUUUGAAUCAACCAAUGGCUUUACGUUUCAGUAACUGAUUGACCAAUUGGGAACAAGCAUGCCAGUAAACAGGAAGUUAAGCAAUUUUUGACCAAAUGAAUUGAUCAAUGUCAGGUAAUGAAUUGGUGCAAUAUUUUAUCAACAUUUCUAUUGCAACGACAGUAAGGAAUUGUUCAGAUGUGUUCCUUCAAGUUAGGAAAUGAACUGGUCAACAAUUUUCUGAACGCUUCUAUUGGCACAACUGCAAUAAGGUAUCAUAAAUCAUAAUAUGUUGAAUUUUUGUAUGUUUCUAUAUGGAUAUAUACCAGUAAGUGUGGUUUUUCAACCCAACGAAAAUGCCCACAGCAGUACCUAUAAUAAUAUUAAACGGGCCCUACAGUCAUUUUUGUGUGGCUUUCCCACCUUAUAAAGUUAUUUGUAGGACACAACAGAAAGUUCUUUUCACAUUUAUAAUUUUAUAGUAUAAUAUCUUACAAGUAGUACUAUGCAGAGCAAUUAUGAACGUCAUGUAGUAACAAUGAAACUUAAUAAAAAGUGUAACAAUAGUUAAGGUAGCAAAGCCAUAAAGAAAUGACUGUGGCUAUAUGGCCCCUUUUAAUGGUAUUGUUAAUAUUCUGUAACUAAUUAUGUCUCAUAAAUGCAGUUGCAGGAACGCUUUCAUAAAUAUGGUAUUGUGCAAACCUAUUCAAAUCGUGAUGUUCUAUUACGGCUGAUUGGUGGAGAUUUCAUGGAUAAAGCUAUGAAAGCAGUAAAGCAGAAUAGCACUUUAAGAGGCACGGGGGACAAUUGGGACAUGAGAAUCAAGACCUUCAUUUGUUUGCAUCCAACUUCUAUAUAAACCGACUAAGUUUCUUAACCUUGGAUAACGUCAGUCCACUUAAUGACAUAUUGACUUGUCCUCGGAGCAUUUUUACACUAGGUAAACAUGAAAUUCAGGUGCUGAAAGAAAAUUUUAAGGUUCUCAUUGCAAGAAUAUGUAUAAACUUCUGCAAGAAGUUCAAGUUCCUUGAUGAUGUUGUUCCAAAACAUAUCAAUCAUCGGUUUUCCUCAGAAAUGGCAAAACAAUCAAUGAUUAUACCACUUCCCAUCCUCGAUGCUGAUGAGAAAAAGUAUUCUGAUUGUGUGCGUAUCUUGGAAGCAUAUGAAAAGUGGAUUUAUGAAGUAUACAAGAAGGCUGAUGCACUCAACCAGGAAGGUAUUAAAGACCCACUUCCAUCUAACUCAGAUCGGGCCAGUGUUAAAAAUCCACUACCACCAAACUCUGGCUGUAAUAGUGUUCAAGACCCACUAGCAUCUAACUCAGACCUGGGCGGUGUUCAAGACCCAUCUCAAUCCACCACAGACAAUGGCGGUGUUAAAGACCCAGUACAGUAUAUAGUAUGGAACGCCAGGACUGUCUCAUGUUAUUAAAACUGAUUAUUUUGGGUGCUUUUAGCUUUAUAUUCGGUGCUUUUGUCUUUAUAUUGGGUGCUUUUGUCUUUAUAUCGGGUGCUUUUGUCUUUAUAUUGGGUGCUUUUAGCUUUAUAUUCGGUGCUAUUGUCUUUAUAUUGGGUGCUUUUAGCUUUAUCUUCGGUGCUUUUGUCUUUAUAUUCGGUGCUUUUAGUUCUAUAUUCGGUGCUUUUAGCUUUAUAUUCUGUGCUUUCGGCUUUAUAUUGGGUGCUUUUGUCUUUAUAUUGGGUGCUUUUGUCUUUAUAUUGGGUGCUUUUGUCUUUAUAUUCGGUGCUUUUAGCUUUAUAUUCGGUGCUUUUUUCUUUAUAUUGGGUGCUUUUGUCUUUAUAUUGGGUGCUUUUAGCUUUAUAUUCGGUGCUUUUUUCUUUAUAUUGGGUGCUUUUGUCUUUAUAUUGGGUGCUUUUAGCUUUAUAUUGGGUGCUUUUAGCUUUAUAUUCGGUGCUUUUUUCUUUAUAUUGGGUGCUUUUGUCUUUAUAUUGGGUGCUUUUGUCUUUAUAUUGGGUGCCUUAUUCUUUAUAUUGGGUGCUUUUAGCUUUAUAUUGGGUGCUUUCAGCUUUAUAUUCGGUGCUUUUGUCUUUAUAUUGGGUGCUUUUGUCUUUAUAUUGGGUGCUUUUGUUUAUGCGAGCCUCCGUUAUUCUAAACCAGCAGUAAUUUAAUGGCCGUAGUCGACGACAACAUAACGAUAGCUUUCCGACAAUGUCCAACCUCGAGGCAGUGCUUCCAUUUUCAAGGAAAUUUCCUUUUCUAAGGAAAUUUUACUGUCGAAAAGGAAAAUCUAAGGAAGAGAAAAAAUUUAAGGAAAUCUAAGGAUUUUUUCCGAAAAAACUUAAAUAUUCACCCAAGCGCAUUAGUGAAGAAGAAGGUUUCACUAUUUUUUGAAUUUUUAAGUGAAUUAUCAAUUAUCUUUAAUUAAAAAUCUGUUUUCAACUUUUUCCUCGUGUUUCCUAAAAUUUCCGAAAGUUUUUGAGCGAUGGAAUUUAGUAACUUUUUGCGCCAAAUGCUGUGAAUAGUUAAUUAAUCAUAUCAAUGUAAAUGUAUCUCUUGUAAGGGAAAGUACAUUUAUUAUGCCAAGGGGGGGGGAUGAAGAUGUUAAGGGGGGGCACCGAAAUAUUUUCUGGCAUUAAAGGGGGGGCUCUGAAAGUUCUUGAUAUACUGAAGGGGGGGGGGGCUCUAAACUUUUCAAAGUUUUGACCGCAGCAAAUUCAAGUUAGAAUUUUGACAUUUUCAGGUAAAAUUUGCGUAAUAAAGUAAUUAUUUUAUUUUAAUUUGUGAAAUGAUGAUAUUUUUGUAAAAUACAGUCAAUUUACAUGCAAUUUGUUUGCGAAAUUUGCUUUAGAAAAUGCCAGAAAUUCAGUCCUAGAGCUUCAAAAAUGUAAAAUUUUUCUGGGGGAAGGACCCCCAGACACCCCUUUUCUCCCAAAAAUUAGUGUGAGAGUUCCAAUCGAUCACAAAAAGCUUUAUUAUAAUUAUUACGCGUAUAAUCCUCUGACAUCCCCCCCCCCCAAACGUCAGAUGCUUUGCUACAUCCCUGAUGGUUGUAUUUGAAACCGAUUUCAGUUUUAAGAUAUCCUUAGUCUGCUCUUCUAAAUGGAUACAUGAAAUCACCUAUAGCUUAUUUUAAAUUUUUUGGGGCCAGGUUUGUGAAGUAAUUUACCCGCUAAAAAGUAGCAGUUCCAAAAACAAAAAAAGCAUACGAUUUGUAAGAAUUACGAUAUGUUCUAUGUUUAUGGGAUAUUUAGUACAAACAGGAUGAAAAUUAAAGAAAUUGAAGCAUACUGGCACUUUUGCAUGCAUUUUUGACAGGCAUGCAAAGAAAUUUGCAACAGAUGCCGGGAGAUACGUUGGGCGGGGGCGACAUUCUGUAAGGUUCCAGCACAUUACCCUGAUCCACAAAAUCCUGGCCACUACAUGAACGUGUUCAAGACUCCGACUUCGCUGAAUGAUGGACAACAACAACCUGUUGAUAAUUUCGCCCCUAGAGCCAAUUCAAAUUUUUUUUUUAAAGACGGUGCCAUUUCAUCAGGCGCUAGUGAGGUGAAAGAAGCAGAAGAUCGGUAGUUUUGUUGAGGAGAAGCACAUGCUUGAGUAUAUCAGACAUCUUGAGGAACUGCAAAUUGUAUCUAUAAGGGAGAAUUCCGGAUUGUACUCCUCCUUCGAUUUCGAAUUCUUGGAGGGGGGGCAUCGAAAUUUACCAUUAACCUCAACAGGGGCCCUGUAAAAAUAUGAGCUUUUUUCAAGACAUCUUCAUCCCCCUCCCUCGGUGUAAUAAAUGUACUUUCCCUAAAUUAAUAACAAAUAUUUAAUUUUAAACAGUAUAAUAGCCUGUGGUUUUUAGCUAGCCCACAUCUUUGUUAAUUGUGCUAUUUUGUGCCUUGAAAAUUAAUUAAAUCCUUUGUAUUGCUACAAAAUCACUGUAAAACUGCUUAAUUAAGAAAUUUCAAGGAAUUUUCAAGGAAAUAACGUAUACAACCUAAGGAAUUUAGAGAAAUUUUGAUGACAAAGAUGUGAAAUUUUGAUUUUGAAAAUGGAAGCACUGCCUCGAGGUCUUAAGCUUUUUCGUUCCAAAUACAGUUUAUACAAUAAUAAUUAUAUUAUUGUAAUACAGCUUAUUGCAGUCAUGGACAAUAUCUUACAACUAAUACAUCUUGGUACACUUGCAGAAAGAUUUAAAGAAGAGAAAAUUGAAGUCGAGACUGUAUUGUCAGCAACUGACAACGAACUUAUUCGUAUUGGCGUGGAGACAAUUGGUGACAGAGUGCGUCUGCGUGAAUUAUGUCGCAAGAAAUUUGAAGAAAAUGCAAAUACGGAUUCCUCUUCUACUUCAGGAACAAGUGGUGAAAGUAUGUCCAGUCGGAUACGAACUGAACGUGCUCUUUUGUUCAACUCUUCGACUGCUGGUGGUAGUAAUUCUGGUCGCUUAUCAAGAGCAGCAAUAGGAAACAGAAGGCGAAAGAACGCUGCCACCGCGAAAAAAAGGACAUGGACUGCACAGUUCAUGUGCUUAGCUGAUCGGUUCGCCGCGAAAGUCCCAAAUGCGUCUGAAAAGCAAAUUCUUUCGAAAGCUGGAUUAGGGGUCAAGAAAAUUAAGUUUGAAAUCGAUGACGAUGAGGAAACAGUCACCAACAAAAUAAUGUCUGAUGUCAAAGAUAAUGAUGGUGUGGUCCUUGGGUUUCCACAGUUACAAGGUAUUGGGGGGUUUGAGAUGUUGCACUGUUUACCAAACUGCAGAGAUCUUCGAUUGAUUGAUUGUUCGUGGUCAGUAAAAGAUCUGAAAUCAAAUGUGGGCAGUGGUCAAAGUAAAAUUUACUUGAGACCAAUUCAAGCGAGCCUCUCAACCAAAUCACUUGUUGCAGAAAGUGAUUCUUCCCUAAAAGAGAAAUGCAAAUACUGCGAUAGGGAGAUUUUGAUGCGAAAGCUACGAGACCACAUAUUUACAUGCAACGCAGGUCUUUUGGAGGAAUCUGAAGAUGAAAUUGAUCCGGAUACAGUCAGCCCAGAUAAUGACAACAAUCAAAGAGAAAGUUUGCAUGUGGAGGGUACAACCAGAGCUAACAUGCCUGUUCCUGAGAGUGUGACCAGUUAUCAAGGAGACGGUGAUACCAUUUUUCCAGUUGGUGAAACAGUCACCCAUGCACCAGUCACCCCAAAUGACCAUGUGACAGUAGACUUGACACACACUGAUAUUGAUGAUAACUCGGGUAAUAAGACAGUUAAUGAUAUUGCACAAGAGGUUGUAGCUUAUUGUAAAGCGGAGAGUAUAACAAAUCAUGUGGAGAUCCUAAGAUAUCUUCAAAGUGUAAUUGUGUAUGGCAGGCCUCUCGAGAUCCAAAACAUCGAGGAGAUGGUAGAGGGGGAAACCAACUACAUUCUUGUUGAUCGUAAUAAUCUCCUGAUCACUUCGUUUGAUGAGAUAAGUGGAAUACAUGAUUUGCGCAUGACCCUGGAGGUGCAAUUUUACAACGAG